AUGGAGAGGUAUGGCGAGAAUGUUACUUUAAUAUUUUAGUAUGAUUGUUAUAUCCCCUUGUUGUGAAUGCGAAGUGUUGCACGUGUUAUGGACUGAAUGAUUUAGCCAUCGUUGAAUGUGCGAGAGAGUGUGUUAAGUCAGUAAGGUCUUGCUCCCGGUCCAGGAAGGUUGGAUAGUCGCUUCCUGGACUGGUUUUUGUUUAGUAAUAUUUAUUGUGCAUUAUUGAGCUAUAUUGGAUAUUAAAAUAUCAUUGUUAUAUUCUUGGAGAUCUAGAGUUGGGAGUUAUGUGUAUCUAUUGGUGGACAAACAUUCAAACAAAAACAACAACGAGAAACUACUUUAUUCAGAUCUCUUUAUUCAGUCGGAUUGAUAUUGUGCAAAAAACAACAACAACAACAACAAGAAUGCACUGGAUACCAUCACUAAUUCUAUUAUACUUUUCAUUCAGUUGUAUACACUGUCAGCUGAAGGAUUUUGAAGGCCCUCCUUACCAAAUCCCACCUUGUUCAAAUGCUGAAAUCUUAGUUAAGUGUAGAAACAUUCUGGACACCACAUUGAGAACUAGUUCAAUCAAUAAUACGCUUGAUUUAUGUAGGACAAGAUGGGAGUUUGUCAACUGCACCCAAGAAGCUUUAUGUUUUUGUACCUACCCUCGGGAUACUUUAUAUCUGUCGCAAGCCUUAAAAGAUAUCAGCAAGAUUGCGUUUGGGAUCAAGAAGGACAACUGCGAACAAUAUAAUUCAAACUAUGCAGUUACUAAUGAGGUCAAGUGUUCUGGACAAAGUUUAUCUGAACGUGUUAGUGUCAACACUAGUGCAGCUCCAAUAAUACAAAGUUUGAUGACGAAAUGUCCUGCCUACAAGUUAAUAUUUACUACAAGAGAUGAUGAAUCUACACUCGCUUUAAAUAGCUUCAACUAUACAAAGUUCUGCACAACAUUCUCAAGUUUUUUGAAUGCUUUUGAGAAAUCGACAUGUGAAUGCCAACUUCAAGACGAUGUCAACAUUUAUCAAGUCAAUGAAUUUGAAAAACGAGACUACUUGUUUCAAUGUGACCAGAUAUCUGGAUUUGUACCGCCAUUACCUGAGAUCGCUUGUGACGGACUUUGUUCUUUAAAACAACCUGCUAGCAAGUGUGAAGAGGAGCUACGCUUAAAUCUUAUUACUGCUGCUGGUGACCAGGAACAAAUGUGCCGUCAUAUGUCAACCUAUGGGAAAUGUUUUGAGGACAUUGUAUGCCAAUGUGGUUUUUAUCAAAGAAAGGAAUAUUAUUCCGCUGUAGCUAUAGCCAAGUUUACAUUUAAUAUCAAACAAAACUGUUCAAUAUUUCAAGGCCUAACAUUUUCAUCCUCUCAGAUUGGUUUCCCCUGCCCAGAUGAUCAACAGAUUACUGCAGACAAGAAAACAUUAAUAUUAAACACAAGUCAAGAAAUAGAUCAGUCUAUUAGGAAUGAAAUUGUCCAAUGCCCUGCCAUUAAAUCAUGUCUCUUACAAUUUGAUCAAGAUGGUUCUAUUGCAUUUAACAAAAAGAACUUACCAGAUAUUUGCAUCGUAAUGUCAUCACAAAUACAAUGUUUAUUAAAUGUAACUUGCUCUUGCGGACUAGUACUUUUUAAAUUAUCAGAAACAAUGGCACUUAGAUAUCACGAGUUCUCUAGUCUUUGCAACAACGUUAUCCCACCUGUUCCAGACUUUGUCUGCGAUAAUUUUAGACAAUGUAACUCAAGCAAUCCUUUGCAACAAUGUGAUGCUGCAUUAAAUAAGACAACUAGUCUUGGAGAACUUCCCCAUGGACGAACAUGCCUGAACAUCUUAGACAGAGAUGUUUGCAUGAAAGAAAUAAGCUGUAGAUGUGCAAUGGUAGAAAACGGAUCAUCAUCCACAGCUUACACGGUCUAUAAAAUCUUAACAGAUAAUAUUCUUCAGUAUAAUGUUCUUGGUUGUUCAACAGUUACAGGUAUUCCGACUGACCCAAUCGGUUUUGUUUGCCCUGGCACUAAAACAGAUAUAUCUCAACCAAAACUUGUGCUGAAUUGGACACAAUCGGCAGAAAAAAGACAAUUUGCCAAUGAUUGUCCAACGGUGAAGAUGUGUUAUGAUCAGAGUGAUUCUGUUGAAGCGGAAUCUUUAUAUACUUUAGAUGCAAAACGUUUGUGCCGCAAUGGGCUGAAUUAUCUCAAGUGUGUAGUGAAAAGUUUCUGUCGCUGUGGUUUGUUUGAUUCAAGAAGUGUGGAUAUUCAGAAAGAAAUAACACUACAUAAUAGCAAGUGUUCCAAAUAUGCACCGUAUGGAAUGCCACUAACCUGUAAUGAAACAGAACUUUGCCAACAAGCACAGUUCAAUGACAUUUGCUUUACUCAGCUGGCUAAUGGAAAUAAUAGUCUUGCUAGUAAAUGCUAUGACUGGGUGAAUUAUAUCAAGUGUGCUCAAGAUAUGGCAUGCACAUGUCAAUUAAUACCUGCUCCAACUGCAAAGAGAACAGAUUUAGUGUUUAUCAACUUGGCCAAGAUUAAUUAUCUACUUUUUGCAGCUAACAAUUGCACAGAUGCACUAAGUCAGGUUUUUCUUACCAUUCCUGAAGUCAUAUAUAAUCAAAACUUCCAAUGUUUUAACCCAGUGACAGCUGAGCUCAGACUUCUACCAUUACCAGAUAUAUCUAUUUCUAAAGCUAGUGAGAUUAUACAAAUUGCAAACAUAUGUCCAGACCUAAGGAUUUGUGCACGAAAGUAUGAUAUGGAUAAACUGGAAUCAUUUUAUAAGCUUGAAUUCUUGUCUUAUUGUAUAUCGACUUCCAACUUUAUACAAUGCAUUUACAUUGAACUGUGCAAGUGUAACAUCAGCAGCUCAACAGAAGCAAAGUCAUUAGAGACAUUAAUACGUUCCUACUUUGUAGAAUGUCAAUCAGUUGUCGAUCCUGGAUCUGUCGAGUGUGAACGAGUUGGAGAAGGAGCUGGAUUUUUAGGUCCUACAACUCCAUAUGACAAACAGAUGCCUUCAACACUUUUGCCAACUUUUGAAACCAAAGGCCCAUCUAAAAGUCAAACAGACAGAAACAGUCAAAAUGGCACAGUAAACAGCUUCAGUCCAUCCAUUGCUAUGAUUGUCCUGACAACUAGUAUUCUUUGGUGUCAACUCAGCAGACUCCACUAGUUAACUAUUUACAAGUAUAUAUUUAUAGUUUAUUCCUCUUACAUCACCAGACAUUUAUAUAUUAAACUACUCGACUUGAGUUGUAUUACUGUCUGUCCGUCUGGUGGUAACUAUUAUCAUUUCUUCCGCAUCCAUUCUCAGAUCGUUGAAAUUUUACACAAUUAUUUAUUGUACCUAAGAAAACAUGAACCAAUUUAAAAAAUAAACAAUUAGUUAAUUAUUUAAUUAAUAAAUAGUAAUUAAUUAUUUUGUUUGGUAUCAUAGAAGGGGAGGGAAUAGAGGAUACAUAUAUUUAGAGACGUGGCUCUAUAUAUAUAGUUAUUCCUCUUACUACAUUGUGUUCACGGCUAUUCUCCCACUUUCCAUUCUCGGAUCAAGUAGAAAUUGUGCGCAAACUUAUAUCAGUUGUCGAUGACAAUACUUAUUGUGCUACUUAUAUCAGUUGUCGAUGACAAUACUUAUUGUGCUACUUAUAUCAGUUGUCCAUGACAAUACUUAUUGUGCUACUUAUAUCAGUUGUCCAUGACAAUACUUAUUGUGCUACUUAUAUCAGUUGUCGAUGACAAUACUUAUUGUGCUACUUAUAUCAGUUGUCCAUGACAAUACUUAUUGUGCUACUUAUAUCAGUUGUCGAUGACAAUACUUAUUGUGCUACUUAUAUCAGUUGUCCAUGACAAUACUUAUUGUGCUACUUAUAUCAGUUGUCCAUGACAAUACUUAUUGUGCUACUUAUAUCAGUUGUCGAUGACAAGACAUGAAUCAAUAAAAAAUUAUACAGUUAGUUACCAAUUAUGGUAAUUAAUUUUGUUUUAACAGAAAAAGGAAGCUUCUAUCUGCAGUAUUGAGAAAUAUAGGCAGAGAAUUAGUGGCUUUUACCCUUAAAAAAGAUUUGUUCUUGGGAUAAAUUAAAAAAUUGUUCUUCUAUAAUGUAUGUAUACAUUUACUGAAACAUUCAAACAUUAGCGAAAUUGCACAUGGUAAUAAUCCUACUAUAGAAGCUUAUUGAGGUGUGUAUGUUACUGUACAUUUUUUUGAAACUAGGUCUUAGUUGUAUUUUAACAAAUAGUUUUAAAAUAAGUCUAUACAAGAUAGAUAAGAUAAUUUUAUUGGUCCAAACUAACGGAAAUUCGGUUUGACUACAAUUGUCCCCCUCAGCAUCACUACUACAACAAUAGAGAUGUCAACACUAAAAACCUUCACACACGAAACACACACACACACAUUCAUUUCAAUUUGUAAUUUUUCUAGUACUGCAUCGAACCACUUUUCAUGUAAAAAUAUAAAAUAUUUCUGGAAUAAACUACACAAAGUAAACAAAGACAA